CCCACCCCACCCUCACCCCUCUCUCUUGAAGCUGACCACCCAACCAUUCAAAUCUCUUGGAAAUCCCAGAUCUAUCAUUCUAUUUAAAACCUCAUAAAUCCUCAUUAAUAUACUUCCCCCUUUAGACUAGUUGACUCAUGUGCAAAAACAUUUUCUUGAUUUUUCUUCCAUUUCCCAAUAUGAACCAAAAUCGUACUCUCUUAAUUUCUUCUAGAUCUUUACAUAUCAUUUGCAGCUAUUACAAUCUUUAACAUUUUAUUCCCAGCUUAAAAAUCAAGUCUUUUUUUUGUUAUUUCUAAUUUGGUUAUGUCAUUUUGGGAAUGAUGAAACGGACAAUGCGACCAUUGUUCAGUGUGUUACUGUUAAUGGCAGUGGCAGUUACACUUGCUGUUCGAGUUACCCUACGUUACAGCUCCAUUGAGCUGAAAAAUGAAUACUCUUUUGCUGUGAAGUCUCAAAAACCAGUUAUAAAUGAGACACUUUUGAAAUAUGCAUCUGUUGAUAUAGGGGAACCCAAGUUGAAAAAAGAAGUUGAGGAGUUAUUGGAAGGGAAUUUCAGAACCCAUAGUCGUCAUAGAUCAUUCUUGUCUUCAGGAAGAUAUAGAAUAGAUAUAAGACCUAGGACAGCUAGAGGCAUACCGGUACAACUCCGGUCACCGGAGUUUUAUCGCCUUUGGCAGAGUUUUAGGAGGCAUUUGCAAGAUUGGUUUAGAAAUAGGAAGUUUCGUAAGGAGGAUGUAAUGGUGGAUUUGGUGAAUACAGUUAAGGUUCCUAUUGAUAGACAUAAUGGGAAAGUGGGAUCAGAGAAGAGAUAUAAAUCAUGUGCUGUUGUAGGGAAUAGUGGGAUUUUGUUGAAGAGUCAAUAUGGAGAGUUAAUUGAUAGUCACGAAGCUGUGAUUCGAUUGAACAAUGCAAGAACUGGGGGAUUUGAAGGUAGAGUAGGUUCAAAGACUACUCUUUCAUUUGUGAAUAGUAAUAUCUUGCAUCUUUGUGCGCGGAGGGAAGGUUGUUUUUGCCAUCCAUAUGGAGUGAAUGUGGCCUUAGUUAUGUAUGUAUGUCAGCCUGUGCAUUUCUUGGAUUACAUGGUGUGUAAUUCUUCACAUAAAGCGCCAUUAAUUGUCACUGAUCCGCGCUUUGACAUGUUGUGUGCUAGGAUUGUGAAGUAUUACUCGUUGAAACGAUUCGUGGAGGGAACUGGGAAGCCUCUUCAGGAAUGGGCUCCUGCUCAUGAUGGAGCUAAUUUCCAUUACUCUUCUGGUUUGCAAGCUGUGAUGCUUGCUUUAGGUGUUUGUGACAAGGUUAGUGUUUUUGGAUUCGGCAAAUCCUCUUCAGCUAAGCAUCAUUAUCAUACAAAUCAGAGGGCUGAGCUGAAGUUACAUGACUAUGAUGCAGAGUAUGAUUUCUACCGCGAUUUGGUAGAGAGACCACAGGCUUUUUCAGCCUUGAAAGCUAUGAGAUACAGGCAAAUGUAUCCGAUGGAGCUCACGUACUCAUGCAUAAGGAAAGCGAAUGAUGGUAGCAGCUGAUGUUUAUGCAGAAAUCAUUUGUUUGAAAUUAGUUAGGACUCGUGCCUGCUCAAGUUAGUGCAAGUCUGUGUAGAUUAGUUGAGUGCUUGCUACUUUUAAGCUCAUAUAUUAGUUAGUGUAAGUUGGUAUGAAAGAGUUUCUUUUUUAUUUUUCAACAAGUUUAUAUAGAAGAGUUGAGUGGUUGCAAUGUGUAGCUAUGUUGGCUAGCAGCAUUUUGCCUUGUAUAUACAUGAUGAUGGUUGUACACGACAUAUCAGGAGAAUGAAGAAAACAGUUACACUCA